AUGGAACUAGAAAAUAAAAAAAAUUCUAAAUUAUUAGGACUGAGAAAAUUAAAGGAUAAAUUGUUAAAUUUAAACCCUCUCCACAAUCGAAAAAUAAGGUUUUCAUUAAAAGCCGAAGAAAAUUUUUCCCUAGAUUUAGAAAGUUUUUUCCAGUCAUCAACCCCCGAAACUAUUUCUAGAUUUCAAAAAAAAGUAGUUCAUCUCCAAAAGAAAAAUUUAGCAGUUCAGCAAGAAAAAGGAUAUAAAGCACUCUUUCUGGGAGUUAUUUUCGUGCGGGGAUAUUUUUAUAGCAAAAAUGUUCUUCGCUUAGUCAACGCUCCUUUAUUUUUGCUUCCUUGUGAUUUUGAUGUGAAAAAACUUAAAAAGUUAAGUCUUUUUUUUCAUACAGAAAGGAAAAUUAAUUACAAUUUGCUCUAUUAUCUACAAAAAGAAUUAGGUUUAACCAAAGAAAAAUUAACUGAUUUCGAGAAUAAGAUAAAAAGUAGUAAAGGAAUGGAUGGGUUAGAAAAUUACCUAAAUUUUCUUACUCAAGAACUACAAAAUUUGGUGGCCGCUAGUCCAGUUAAAAUCAAACUCUCGCUAACUAUUGCUUCGCUAAUAAGAGAGAAAAAAAAUUUUCCAACUGAGCAUGAAGAAAAAAGCAGAGAAACGAAAUCAGAAAAUAAAUCGAAUUAUUUCCUUUCUGAUAAAGAACGAAAAAGUGAAUAUUUUCAACCUGAACCAUUUCUCAAACUAACUAUCAGUGAUAAGCCAAAAAAUUAUCCUGAAAAUCAGUUAGAAAUAGUUUUAAAUUUUUGUCUAACGAUUGAUAGUGAACCUAAUUUAAGUUUAUUUCGUGAUUUUGAAGGAAUUAUUGAAGAAUAUUCGCAAGAUAGGACAAUUAAUUGGUCUAAUUCAGCCUUGGCCUUGCUAAGAGGAGAAGCGGGAAACGUAGUGAGUUAUCCGGAAACAACAGAUGCUAAUCAAUCGCCAAAACCUCCUCUCUAUAUUCCCUUUGAAAGCGACCCUUCACAGACUCGUAUUUUAAAAGUAAUCUUUCAUGAUUUUACAGAAAAUACUCUUUGUAUCGAUGGUCCACCCGGCACCGGAAAAAGUCAAUUAAUUUGUAAUUUAUUAUCUAAUGCUUUGGCUUAUCAAAAGAAAGUUUUAGUAGUUUGUGAAAAGGAGGUUGCUUUAAAAGUAAUUGCUGACAAGUUAAGCAGCAUUGGUCUUAAUCCUUCUUUCAUCAAGAUAAGUGAACUGGCUCAAACUCCCCGGAUUUACCAAGAAGUAUUAAACAGCCUUGAAAAUAACCAACAAACAAGGGUUAGCCAUUAUUCUUACUUCAACAACGAAAAACAAAUUGCUAGUUUAGAAGAAAAGCAAAAAUCUAAUUUAGAAAAAAUUGCUAAAUACUGCCAAGUGGAGGAUAAAUUCCGAAGCACUCGGCAAGUCCCUCUCUCUGAGAUUUACCUAAAACUCGACA